GAGACGGUGGUGGUCCGCCAUUUCGUGGACGACGGGUGUGGGAGAGCAUCUGUGGGUGCCAGACGCGAGGGGACCGGGAAGACCCAGCCGAGGGUGUGUGGAUUUGAGUCUACGCGUUUCUAACCCGAGAUCUCGAAAUGCAUCGUGAUUCCUGUCCGUUGGACUGUAAAGUUUAUGUAGGUAAUCUUGGAAACAAUGGUAACAAGACUGAAUUGGAACGAGCUUUUGGCUAUUAUGGACCACUCCGAAGUGUGUGGGUUGCUAGAAACCCUCCUGGCUUCGCUUUUGUUGAAUUUGAAGAUCCCCGAGAUGCAGCUGAUGCUGUCCGAGAGCUAGAUGGGAGAACACUAUGUGGCUGCCGAGUAAGAGUGGAACUGUCGAAUGGUGAAAAGAGAAGUCGAAAUCGUGGCCCACCUCCUUCUUGGGGUCGUCGCCCUCGAGAUGAUUAUCGGAGGAGGAGUCCUCCACCUCGCCGCAGAUCUCCAAGACGGAGAAGCUUCUCCCGCAGCCGGAGCAGGUCCCUUUCUAGAGAUAGGAGAAGAGAGAGAUCACUGUCCCGGGAGAGAAAUCACAAGCCGUCCCGAUCUUUCUCUAGGUCUCGUAGCCGAUCUAGGUCAAAUGAAAGGAAAUAGAAGACCAGUUUGCAAGAGGAGUGGUGUACAGGAAAUAACUUCAUUUGACAGGAGUAUGUACAGAAAAUUCAAGUUUUGUUUGAGACUUCAUAAGCUUGGUGCAUUUUUAAAAUGUUUUAGCUGUUCACAUUUGUUUGUCUCUUGGAACAGUGACACAUAAAGGUGUAAUUCUCUAUGGUUUGAAAUGGAUCAUAUGAGGCAUGUAAUAUCAAGAAUUGUUACUUUACAAUGUUCCCUUAAGCAAAAUUGAAUUUGCUUUGAAUUUUUAGUCUUGCAUAGACUGAUAAUAAACCUCUUAACCCCUGCCCAGCUAAAGUGUGAUGUUUAAUAUUACGGAAACAAAACUGGCAAAAAUUGAAAAGACUCUGUAGCUGGGAUAUGGUAUGCAGCUGUAGUUAAGCAGUCUUUAAAAGCUGCUGUGAACACAAGCCAGCAGGUAAAAAUUAAAGCUGCACCCUUAAACUAGAUUAGAGGUUUAAAAAUUCCACUAGUCUUUACACUGGACAAGAGGUUGUCCAGUGGGUUUAGAAUCUAAGAAGUUUCAAGAAAGUUAGUUUACCUUUGCUUUAGGUCGUAAGUUCCUUCUGUGAUUGCUGUAUAUGGAUACAUAGCUCUUCGUAAUAUUAUUUGGAAAUUGAGACUAUUCAAGAUACCCAUGUCCUGCCAGUUUAAGGGUACAUUGUAGAGCUGAACUUUGAGUUACUGUGCAAGAUUUUUUUUUUCAUGCUGUCAUUUGUAAUAUGUUUUGUGAGAAUCCUUGGGAUUAAAGUUUUGGUUACAAAUUGUUGUUUAA